CUGACGUCACCAUCGUAUACAAACAGAGACGUUUAAAUCCUCGGCUGUCAAAGCGACGCUUCCGUCGAAACUGGUUCGCUAGGCCAUAUUUUAUCUGGUGCUGUGUCUUCUGUUCAGGACGCUGAGAGAUGCACAAGGUCUGUAAAAGGAGCAAUAGCGCCAUCUUCAUCCAAGAAGGAGGCUCGACGAUGAUCCUUGGCCAGAAUCCACUUCAGCAGAACUUUGCCGAGACCCUUCCUGCAGAGAUGAGUGUGAGGAUCUUCAGUGAGUUGGACCUCAGGAGUUUGUGCCAGGCCUCUCUCACCUGUAAACAGUGGAAUGGCAUCAUCGAGAACAGUGAUCUCCUGUGGCGGAGCCACUGUCUUACCGUGUUAGCCAUUUGCCGGGGAGAGGUGGACGGGGACAGGCUCGAUGGAUAUUCAUGGAAGGUUACUCUUGUUCGUAACUACAGGAAAGGCUGUGUAAAGAGAAGAUGGCUGAAGGGCAGAUACAGCAACAUCCGCUCUGCUGAUGAGAUCCCAUCCAACAGUAUGUGUCCACUGGAUGUGGAAACCUGGGGAGAGAUACUGGAGGCUGAGCUGGAGAGAUAGAACUGGGAGAUGUUUGGGAUCGUGCUAAUAGAAAUUUCUACAAUGGAGUAUUAUGACAUAUAAACACUUAAUGGACUCUGAUCAAAUCAUUUUAUGGGCUGUUUAAUGAUCAAUGAUCAAUAGGCAUCUGUGUGGCUAUGUGAAUAUGUGAUAAUGUGGCUUUUGUUUUGUGCGUUAAGGAAUAUUUUGGUUGUAUUACUGAAAUUAGCUUGAGACUGCGUGGGAAAUUAGUUUUGAUAGGAUGAUGGAAUAAUUUUAUAUUUUUAUAAGUGGAAAAGAUACGUUUGUUUAUCUUUUCUUCUCUAUUUUUAUAGAUAUACAAAAUUGUGUUAUAUUAUGCCUUUUGAUUUUUUUUUAAGGUUUUUAUUUAUUUUUUUUUUACAAUUUU